AUGUCAGAGAAACUCAGGGAACGCAAAAGGACUCCUGUUUCCCACAAAGUGAUAGAGAAACGGAGAAGGGACCGGAUUAACCGUUGCUUGAACGAACUGGGCAAGACGGUGCCCAUGGCGUUGGCAAAACAGAGUUCCGGAAAGCUGGAGAAGGCGGAGAUCCUCGAGAUGACGGUUCAGUACCUGAGAGCUCUGCAUUCUGCAGAUUUUCCGCGGGGAAGGGAAAAAGGUGAGCGCCUUGCGGAGUUUGCCAACUACUUCCACUAUGGCUACCACGAGUGCAUGAAGAACCUGGUGCAUUAUCUCACCACGGUGGAGCGGAUGGAGACCAAGGACACCAAGUACGCGCGCAUCCUCGCCUUCUUGCAGUCCAAGGCCCGUCUAGGAGCAGAAACUGCUUUCCAGCCUCUAGCUACCCUCCCGGAGCCUGAUUUCUCCCAUCAGUUGCACGCAGCAGGGCCAGAACUUGGAGGUCACUGCCCGGGAGAGGCCUCCGUGUUUCCCCAGGGCGCGGCAGCAGGGCCUUUCCCCUGGCAGCACGGCGCAGCGCGCAGCCCAGCAAUGCCCUACCUGCCCAGCGCUCCCGUGCCACUACCCAGCCCGGCGCAGCAGCACAGCCCCUUCCUGGCUCCGGUGCAGGGCCUGGACCGGCAUUACCUUAACCUGAUCGGCCAUGCCCACCCCGGCGCCCUCAAUCUGCACGCCCCCCAGCAUCCCCCGGUGCUCUGA